CACGGAUCUGGGAUGGUUGCGCGUUGGAGACGGGCAGGGUUGUUGCGCGUUGCGCGUUGCGCAGCACCGCCCUUGCCAAUGCCGAAUCGCCCUCCCCGGGAUGGACUGGGAACGUGGAAGUUUUGGAGAUUGUGAGAUAGGAAAAUGCGUGGACUAGCAUUCUGCGCCAGAUAACACUCUCCGUGAGACAGAACUUCUCCAGAAAGCACCCUGUCGUCAGAUAGCAUUCCGUCCACCAUGGCUAUCUCCAACAGCAUUCCCGCCCCCCCUUCCAAGCCCGAGCACACCCAGCUCUCCGGCUCGGACCUCCACAAGAAACCGACUUGGUGGAAGGAAGCAACCGUGUACCAGAUCUACCCUGCCUCAUUCUGCGAUUCCAAUGGCGACGGCAUCGGCGACAUCAAGGGCAUCACGUCCAAGAUACCCUAUCUCGAGUCCCUCGGCGUCGACGUUGUAUGGCUGUCCCCGAUGUACAAAUCCCCGCAGAGGGACAUGGGAUACGACAUCUCCGACUACCGCGACAUCCACCCUCCCUACGGCACGCUGGACGACUGGAGGGAGCUGAAGGCUGGCCUGAAAAAGGCUGGGAUCAAGAUCAUCAUGGACCUGGUGGUGAACCACACCUCGGACGAGCACGAGUGGUUUGUCGAGUCAAGGAAAAACAAGGAGAACAACAAGAGAUCAUGGUAUUACUGGCAGCCGCCAAAGUACGAUGAGCAAGGGAACAGACAGCCGCCGAACAAUUGGAGGUCCUUCUUUGGCGCCGAGUCAGCUUGGGAGUACGACGAGACGACAGACGAGUAUUAUCUCCGCCUCUUCACCAGAACCCAGCCAGACCUCAACUGGGAGAACCCCGAGGUCCGACAGGCAGUCCAAGACAUCAUGACCUUCUGGUUGGACCAAGGAAUCGACGGCUUCCGUGUCGACGCGAUCAACUACAUCGCCAAGGCUCCAGGCUUCCCCGACGCCGAGAUCGUCGAGCCCGGCGUCCCCCACCAACCAGCCAUGCACCUGUACCUCAACCGGCCCAAGUGCCACGACUUCCUGCGCGAGCUCGGCGAAAAGGUCCUCUCCAAGUACGACGUCAUGACCGUCGGCGAGACCCCGCACGUCGAGGAGCCCGACAUGGCCCUGCAGUUCGUGCACCCGGACCGCCACGAGUUCUGCAUGAUCUUCCCCUGGGAGCACAUGGACGUGGACCGCGUCCCCGACACCAUCCUCGGGUGGCGCCCCUUCCGGCUCCCGGCCCUCAAGAGCAUCACCAACAAGUGGCAGACCACCAUGCAGGAGAACGGCGGCUGGAACAGCCUGUACAUGGAGAACCACGACCAGGGCAGGUCGACGUCGCGGUUCGGCUCGGAUAAGCCCGAGUUCCGCUGGCUGUCCUCAAAGCUGCUGGCCUUGUACCUGGCUACCCUGAGCGGGACGCUGUACGUCUUCCAGGGCCAGGAUAUCGGCAUGAUCAACCUGCCCAAGGAGUGGGGCAUCGAGGAGUACGGCGACGUCGUGUCGGAGAUGCACUACAGACAGGAGAAGGAGAAGAAGCAAAUGGCGACGGGCAACCCGGAGCCGGACAUGGAGGAUGUCAUGAACGAUAUCUGGCGGAGGGGAAGAGACCACGCGAGGACCCCCAUGCCGUGGUCCGGUACCCUGCCGAAUGCCGGGUUCUCAACGGGGACGCCGUGGCGGAAGGUGAACCCGGACUUCACCGUCUGCAAUGUCGAGAGCGCGGUCAAGGAUCCAGACAGCGUGUUGGCCUUCUGGAAAAGUGUGAUGAAGCUGAGGAAGAGCUGGAAGACACUGGUCUAUGGAGACUUUGAGCUGCUGGAGCCGCUGGAUGAGCGUGUCUUUGCCUAUAGGCGGUCGCUCAAGGGGGAUAAGGACGCCUUGGUGUUGUUGAACUUUUCCGAGGAGGUGGUCCAUCUGGGCCCGUCGCUUAUGCCCGCUGGUUUCAAGGGCGAGCUGGUCUUGGGGAACUACAAGACUGGAGGAGAGAGUGACAGCAUACUGCGGCCGUGGGAGGCAAGAUUGUUCCAGGUCGGCUAAGCUGUCCACCGAGGAGUGACUGUCUCUAUUUCAUCCUAGUUAGAUGUAGUCGAAGCUAGAAAGCAGUUGAUCGAGA